CAAGACAAAACGUCCCAAACGCGGAGAGUUUGGCGGAGGCCCACCACGACCAGUAGAGCACUCCACGUCAGCUCGUCUUGGGAGCUUCGCAGAGGCCCUCGGCGCAGACGACACGCUCGCGCACUUUUGCCAGUUCUAGUCCAGACAGACGGCGUGAGCGGUCACUGCGAGAGCGAACACCAACGAUGUCGAGGAUCGCGCAUCCCACCGUCCUGCUGCUGCUGCUGGUUGCGGCGGCCGCGCUGCAAACGUCGGCGGCGGCGCGCCGCGAGUGCGGGCCCUGCGACCAGGACCGGUGCGAGCCCCCGCGGGGUCAGUGCCUGUCCGGCAUCGUGCAGGACGCGUGCGGCUGCUGCAUGGUGUGCGGCCAGCGCGAGGGCCAGCGCUGCUACCACCGUUCGGUGAAAGGCAGCCUGGCCGACGGGCCCUGCGGCGAGGACCUCGACUGCCGGCUGCGGCGCGACCUGGCGCCGGGAGACCCCGCCGAGGCCCUGUGCGUCUGCUCGCGGCCGGAGCCCGUGUGCGGCUCGGACGGCGUCACCUACGACAACGUGUGCCAGCUGACCGAGCAGCGAUACAGGCAGAGGAACGGACUCGAGGCAGCCUCGCGGGGACCCUGCUACACCGCGCCCCGCGUGGUGACCGCUCCCGAGAACACCCGCAACCGGACGGGAGGCCGGGCCGCCAUGACGUGUGAGGUGACUGGCUUCCCGGUGCCCACCAUCGAGUGGCGCGUGGACCACGGUGACGGACCACUCAAGGCACUGCCCACGGACAGCUCUCGCAUCAGCGUGCAGAGCCGCGGCGGACCGGACAGCUUUGAGGUGACCAGCUGGCUGCAGCUGCUCGAUCUGCGUCCCGAGGACACAGCCACCUACUGGUGCGUGGGGGCCAACGAGAACGGAGAGGCGUCGGCCGCCGCCAAGCUCAACGUGCUGCCGUAGAGAGGCUCUUUAUUAUUUUUUUUUUUUUGUUGACUCAGCUUUUUUGUUACGUAUACACGAUAUUGCACAGUCGCGCCUCGUUCACUUCGUUCGUGUGUUUUCUUAAAUUUGUUUUCGUUUCGUCUACGUAAAAGUGCCGCGUGUCUCGUUUCUCGAGGAUAUACUGUUCUGACACGGUUCACUGUCACAAAUGCUUUCGGUGUCGUAAUGUGACUGUAUAGACUAUACUUGAGAGACCAAAGCCGCUCAUUCUUAAUCUUCUUCACGCGUUGUAGCAUGACAUCGCGUGUCACCAUCCAUCCAAACAAACACACACACAGACACACAAAAAGGAAGAAGAAAAAAAAAGAUACACAUUGCCGCGGAUCGCAGACAGGAGACACGAUGAUGCACUGCGAGAUUGUUGCAGUGGUCACGUGAGACCGUUAUAAGCAGACUACAUUUGAGAAAUUAUGUACAAUUUGCGAAAGGCCGACACUCACGCAAAAAAAAGAAAAAAAAAAUAGAACUAUUGCUGAAGUAGAGGGUGUACCAAGAGAUAAAACUUGCCGCGCUAACGCGCUCGUGUAGUAAGCUGUGCAGCUUUCAACUUACGGCCGGUAUCAAUAGGGACCUUCUGGCGGAAACCGUCAAAGAUGGAGAUCGAAGAGAAACAGAGCUGACCACAUUUCCCCACGACCUCUUACAACAGGCUCCUGCCAUUUCAACGACCGAUCCAUUCUCUACUGCAUUUGUACUAUGCCAGCGCCAGUGACGACACGUAUGGGCGCGCCAGCCGAGAUUCUAGUCGCGUGUCAGUUCAUUACUCACUGCCACCGUGCUUCGCCGUAUGCUUGUAGGAUGUAGAGGGCGACACGUACUUUUUUGCGCGCACAGACUCCUAUAGAUCCUGGCAGAGCCGCGCAUUUAUGCGAGCAACAAGCACUUUCUUUUUUAUGGUGCUGCAAGUCCUGCCAGUCUGUUAUUUUCGUUUUCAACCGUUGGCACUUAAUCGUGUUCUGACAUAUACGACGUAAUGCCUUUUUCUCCCCCUUGUUGUGGAAAUCGGCAUUCGCUUGCGCGGUCUACUUUCGCUUUUUUUAGAGAAAGGUAUAUUGCAAUAAAGAACUUUACAAAAGUUG